AUGGCGGAGGAAGACACCAAGCCCGCGACCGCUACUGCCAGCACAACCACCGGCGAUGAGAAGACUGUGACUGAGAAGGCCACCGAUGCGGCAUCAGCAGUGAAGGACAACGUCUUCAGCAUGUUCGGCGGCGGCGCAAAGAAAGACACAAAGCCCGACACCACAGCAGACGAAGAGAACGACCGCUCCGGCUCCGCCAAAGCCCAAGCCGAGAAAGCCAAAGCAGCUGAGGGUGAUGAGGAAGGCGAGGACAAAGCAGAGGAGGAGGAAGCAGAUGUCCACUUCGAGCCUGUUGUGCACUUGACGGAGAAGAUCGACACCAAGACCAACGAGGAGCUGGAGGAGCAGACUUUCAAGAUGAGGGCCAAAUUGUUCAAGUUUGAUCGGGAGAGCAGGGAGUGGAAGGAGAGAGGCACGGGGGAUGUGAGGUUGUUGAAGCAUAAGGAGAAUAGGAAGACGAGGUUGGUUAUGCGGAGGGAUAAGACGUUGAAGGUUUGUGCGAAUCAUUAUGUGGUGCCCGACAUGAAGCUCUCGCCCAACGUCGGUUCUGAUCGUUCUUGGGUCUGGAAUGCCGCGGCGGAUGUUUCUGAGGGCGAGCCGGAGGCGCAGACGCUUGCUAUUCGCUUCGCCAACGCUGAGAAUGCCAACCUGUUCAAGGAGGCGUUCAUGAAGGCGCAGCAGGAGAACGAGGCGCUGUUCGCCAAGACCGAUUGA